CAGUCUGUGUCUGACAUUGAGCAAGGCCAGUAGGGGCCGCUGCGCCGUCAGUAAACGUAUCGCUUGUGUUAAACCGUGUACGAUGGAUUACAUCAGCGUGUUGCUGUAUCUGGUGUUGCCCAUUUUGGGCCUCGGGUAUUAUUACACCCGGCAGCUGUACAGCUACUGGAGCGCCCGUGGAAUACCGCAGCUGGAAGCCUCGUUCCCGGUCGGCAACAUGAAGGAUGUGGGGCGGAAACUGCACUUCAAUGACGUCAUGAAGGUGGCCUACGAUAUGGGCAAAUCGCUCGGCAAACCGUUCGUCGGACUCUACUUCAUGCUCAAGCCGGUGCUGAUCCUCACCGAUCUCGACAUGGUGAAGCGAGUGUUGGUGAAGGAUUUUAACAGCUUUCACGAUCGGGGAUUGUACGUGAACGAGCGAGAUGAUCCCCUGUCCGGGCAUCUGUUUGCGAUCGAUGGCGAACGGUGGCGCUAUCUGAGGAACAAGCUUAGCCCCACCUUUACCUCCGGCAAGAUCAAGCAAAUGUUUGUGACGAUCCGUGAGAUUGGCGACGAGUUUCUCGGUUCGGUCACCAAGUACGUGGAGCGCAAUGAACCGAUCGAUAUUAAGCUGCUGUGUCAGUGCUUCACCUGUGAUGUGGUGGGCUCGUGUGCGUUCGGAUUGCAGUGUAACUCGCUGAAGAAUGAAGGAUCAAAGUUGCUCACGAUUGGCGAUGAAGUGUUUAAGCCACCGGCGUGGCGCAACAUGUACACAUUUCUGUUGAUAUCUUUGAAGGAGUUGGCCUACAAGUUACAUCUACGAGCUUUGCCAAAUAGCGUAACGGAGUACUUCUCAGGUUUGGUGAGCGAUACGGUCGCACAUCGAGAGAAGAACCUGAUCGAGCGGCCCGAUUUCCUGAACAUGCUGAUCCAGCUCAAGAACAAGGGUACGGUCGAGGGGGAUGCACCGGGAACCGGGGCGGAUCACGAGAAGCUUACGCUGAACGAGGUGUCCGCGCAAGCAUUCGUGUUCUUCUUCGCCGGGUUCGAAACGUCCUCGACGACGCUAUCGUUUGCACUGUUCGAGCUGGCCAACAACCCGGAAAUCCAGGAGAAGGUACGGGAGGAGGUGAUCGGUAAGCUGCAGCAACACGACAACCAGAUCACGUACGAAGCACUAAAGGAGAUGACGUACCUCGAUCAGGUCAUCAAUGAAACCCUGCGCAUGUACCCACCGGUGCCACAAUUGGUCCGAGUUGCCACGAAACCUUACGCGGUGGACUCGGAGAAAAUAACGCUCGAGAGGGACUCCAUGUUGAUGAUACCGAUCUAUGCGAUCCAUCACGAUCCCAACAUCUACCCCAACCCGCACGUAUUCGAUCCGGAUCGUUUUACGUCGGAAGCCGUCCAUGCACGUCACACAAAUGCGUUCCUUCCGUUCGGUGAUGGACCACGGAACUGUAUCGGUAUGCGAUUCGGACUGCUGGAGGUAAAGUUCGGAAUUGUGCAGCUGCUGAGCAAGCUACGGUUCACGGUGAGCUCGCGAAUGCAAAUGCCCUUGCAAAUAUCUAAGGCAGCCUCGAUUCUCGAAGCCGAAGGUGGCAUCUGGCUGAACGGUACCAAGCUGUAGCGGAGAGCCUAUCGGUGCCGUGAGUGCAAUACUAACUAACUAACAAUUAACGUGCUGAAACUGGCAUGGCACCGGGCCGUCGCUCUAACAUUACUUACAAUGGAAACGAUCCUGUCAAUGUGUGACUGUUCCGCGAUGUGAAAUGAAGAAAAUGAAAUAAAUGGAAAUUAUAACGCCACUGACAGAACA